AUGAUGCGCCCACGGCCUGCGGCUUCCUUGCAAAAGACGUACGACGAGUGCUAUCUCGCGUGCUCCACCGCAGUGUACUUUGAGGGCCAGAACAACGAAGAAGAAGCGUUACGAUCCUGGAGAUCUGCCCUCGAGACUAUCUACCAUCACAAUGCCCGCCGCGUAUCGUCGAACUAUACCCCGAAAUCCGAAACCGAGAGAGCUCUACAAGACUCCAUCCGGGCGCUAGAGAUUCAAUGCCGAGAACGGGUUGAUCUGCUAAGCGCUCUCCAAGCAAGCAGGAAAGACUCCGCAGAGGCAAAUGGCAGUAAAGCGAGUGCUACUCUUGUCAAGGGCAGGUCGACCCCCAGAAUGCCCCCGCCAUCGUCUUCCAACACUCCUGGCUGGAUCGGAGAUGGAACAAUCCCUGCUGUGGGUUACACCGACCUUUCCAAACCAGCAGCCAUACCUGGCCGCCCUAUGAUGCCGACGAAACAAAGUCAUGACUCGCUGCCAGUUUACGACGACCCUGGUCCACCGACCCUAUCAGCGGCUGGUACGCCUGCAUUGCGUGUGAACUCGAACUCAUCGGGCAAAACGAAGUCGCGUGGCUCCAGUCCCGAGCGUCGGAAGCCCAUGUUGACAACUCUACGCAGCACUGACGGCAAGAAAAGUGGCAAGAAAGCCAAGCUUGCGUCGAAGAAGAAGGAUUCGAGACCUGCUGCUUCCACGGCUGCAGGCCUAGCAUGGGAUAGCAUCUAUCGCUCUGUAUCGGGCGAGAAGUCUGUGAGCGAUGCGGCUCUAGCGUCAUCCCGGCAGAGCGCCGCCCACGAUCCCAGUUUCCGCCGAGAAUUAGAACCAAGAUCUAGCUCUAGGGCCGGGUCUCCGCAGGUGAAAAUACGCACUUCCCGAGACCACCUAACUCCGGACCGAAUUCCUGCUGCCCAUUGGCGAGAGCCUCAGUCAUCUCCGAAGAGAUCCUCCCCCAAACCGCCUACCAAGUCGCCUUCUCCACUACCGCCGCGGGGGCCUCGACAUGCUCCUCUACCUAGUAGUCCUAGACAACCUCCUCCUCUUCCUCCAAUAUCCAUGCCGAACCCGGCGGACUUUGCACCACCUAAACCAUCUAUUAAACCCAAGCCUAUGUCCUUGCGAUCUUCCCGUGAGCCGACAAGCCAUCCAAUACAAGCCACCAGCUCGGAGCAUACUCCUCGGACUCUGACGCCUCGGCUUGAUCGUGCAGUGAAUUCUUCUAAUAAUACGCCGCGGACAACAUCUGCGCUUAGACCUCCCAAAAUCGGUGAAACGGCCCGCGCUUCUCCAUCACCCGCUAGAGGUGACGACUUUCAUCGCGAUGUCGACCGGCUGUCUAUCUCUCAAGGGAAUAGCGAUAGUCCAAUACGGCGCAAAGCCCCGCCAGCCAAGCAGCGAGAGACACCACUGUCAAGCGACCCAGAUUCCUCAGAUCAGCGGACCACAACAAGCGAGACAGAGAACGAAGACGAGGAAGAAGACAGCGAAGUCCUGAAAAUCAUGGAAAAAUUGCCUAGGGGCGUGGAUCCCCAGUCAGCAAAGCAAAUCCUGAACGACAUCGUAGUGCGCGGCGACGAAGUCCACUGGGACGACAUAGCAGGCUUAGAAGGAGCCAAAAAGGCCCUCAAAGAAGCAGUAGUCUACCCAUUCCUCCGUCCAGACCUCUUCUCCGGUCUCCGCGAACCCGCUCGCGGAAUGCUUCUCUUCGGCCCCCCAGGCACAGGCAAAACCAUGCUCGCACGAGCAGUAGCCACAGAAUCAAAGUCAACCUUCUUCUCCAUCUCCGCAUCAAGCCUGACAUCCAAAUGGCACGGCGAAAGCGAGAAGCUCGUGCGCGCUCUCUUCGGUCUCGCCAAAGCCCUCGCCCCAUCCAUCAUCUUCGUCGACGAGAUCGACUCCCUCCUCUCUGCCCGAUCAUCCGGCUCAGAACACGAGGCCUCCCGUCGCUCCAAGACCGAAUUCCUGGUUCAAUGGUCCGACCUGCAGCGCGCGGCUGCAGGCCGCGAACAAACGAGCCGCGAGAAGAAGGAAGGAGAUGCUAGUCGUGUACUCGUCCUAGCUGCUACUAAUAUGCCUUGGGAUAUCGAUGAGGCUGCACGUCGUCGCUUCGUCCGUCGACAGUACAUCCCCUUGCCGGAACAGCAUGUCCGCGAGCAGCAGAUACGGAAGCUUCUCAGUCACCAGCACCACGAGCUAAGCGAUGCUGACAUCCAGGUCCUGGUACAAGUGACAGAAGGUUUCUCCGGCUCAGACAUAACAGCCCUCGCUAAAGAUGCAGCCAUGGGUCCCCUGCGAAAUCUGGGCGAGGCACUCCUACACACACCCAUGGACCAGAUCCGCGCCAUUAUAUUCCAGGACUUUGAAGCAAGUUUGUAUUCCAUUCGACCUAGUGUAUCAUCCGACGGACUCCGGAGAUAUGAAGAUUGGGCGAAAGAAUUCGGCGAACGGGGCGGAUAG